AGAUGACAGGUGUUUGUCUGGUUGGAAAGCUUUCUCCGAGUUUCAGAGGCAGCUAUCUGUGUUUUUAAGCAGGAAAAUGAUGAAACUACCUCAGCAAAAACUCAGAAGACUCUUUAUAAAAAGGGAUGAAGGUAUCGUGAAAGAAAUAGACAUUAGCAACCACGUAAAGGAAGGCUUUGAAAAAGCAGAUCCCUCUCAGUUUGAAUUGCUCAAAGUGCUGGGUCAGGGGUCCUAUGGAAAAGUCUUUCUUGUUAAGAAAAUAAAGGGCUCUGAUGCGGGGCAGCUCUAUGCUAUGAAGGUACUAAAGAAGGCAACACUGAAAGUACGUGAUCGAGUCAGGUCAAAAAUGGAACGUGACAUAUUGGCUGAAGUCAAUCAUCCUUUCAUAGUAAAAUUGCACUAUGCAUUCCAGACUGAAGGAAAAUUGUAUCUGAUUUUAGAUUUCCUAAGAGGCGGUGAUCUUUUCACAAGACUAUCCAAAGAGGUGAUGUUUACAGAAGAAGAUGUCAAAUUUUAUCUAGCUGAGCUGGCCUUGGCUUUAGACCACCUGCAUGGCCUUGGGAUCAUUUACAGGGACUUAAAACCAGAAAAUGUACUUCUAGAUGAAGAUGGCCACAUUAAAAUCACAGACUUUGGACUCAGCAAGGAGGCUGUUGACCUUGACAAACGAGCCUAUUCCUUCUGUGGGACAAUAGAAUAUAUGGCUCCUGAAGUAGUUAAUCGACGUGGUCAUGCACAAAGUGCAGAUUGGUGGUCCUUUGGUGUUUUAAUGUUUGAGAUGUUGACAGGGUCGCUGCCUUUCCACGGCAAGGACAGGAAAGAAACCAUGGCACUUAUACUCAAAGCUAAGCUGGGAAUGCCGCAGUUCUUAAGCCCAGAAGCCCAAAGCCUUUUGCGAGCACUCUUCAAGCGGAAUCCUUGCAACAGAUUAGGUUGUGAGCAUCACUGGCUGGGUCAACAUUUGUUGGUUGAUGCUACAUUGACUGGAGAAGAUGACGGUGCUGGACCUGAUGGAGUUGAGGAGAUAAAACGACACUGUUUCUUUGGAACUAUAGACUGGAAUAAGUUAUUCAGGAAAGAAAUUAAGCCACCAUUUAAACCAGCUGUAGGGAGACCAGAGGAUACGUUUCACUUUGACCCUGAAUUCACAUCAAGGACACCAAUUGACUCACCUGGCGUGCCUCCAAGUGCCAACACACAUCAGCUUUUCCGAGGUUUCAGUUUUGUCGCCACCAACCUUGGCCAAGAGCAUCCACAGUCUGACUCUCGACAACUGAUUGACCAUUCAAUUGUGCAGCAGCUACACGGGAAUAAUAUUCACUUCACAGAUGGUUAUGAGUUGAAAGAGGAUGUUGGUGUUGGAUCAUACUCCGUGUGCAAGCGAUGUGUUCACAAACUCACAUCUGUGGACUAUGCUGUAAAGAUUAUUGACAAAAACAAAAGAGAUCCAUCAGAGGAAAUUGAAAUUUUACUGCGAUAUGGACAACAUCCAAAUAUUAUCACCCUGAAGGAUGUAUAUGAUGAUGGAAAGUAUUUGUAUCUUGUCAUGGAACUAAUGAGAGGAGGGGAGCUGCUGGAUAGGAUCCUACGGCAGAAGUGUUUCUCAGAAAGAGAGGCCAGUGCAGUACUUUAUACAAUCACAAAGACUGUGGAAUACCUACACUCACAAGGGGUUGUUCAUCGAGAUCUGAAGCCGAGUAACAUUUUGUAUGUGGAUGAAUCAGGAAAUCCAGAAUCAAUUAGAAUUUGUGAUUUUGGUUUUGCCAAGCAACUCCGAGCUGAGAAUGGCCUUCUAAUGACUCCAUGUUAUACUGCCAACUUUGUUGCACCUGAGGUGCUCAAGAGGCAAGGAUACGAUGCAGCUUGUGACAUGUGGAGCUUGGGGAUUCUACUCUACACUAUGCUAGCAGGAUUCACGCCAUUUGCGAAUGGGCCUGAAGAUACUCCUGAAGAAAUCCUGGCUCGCAUUGGAAGUGGGAAAUAUGCCCUCAGUGGAGGAAACUGGGACACAAUUUCUGAUGCUGCCAAGGAUAUGGUAUCUAAACUGCUGCAUGUAGAUCCUCAUCAAAGGCACACAGCUGCACAGGUCCUUCGACAUCCCUGGAUCGUGAAUCGGGAAUUUCUAUCUCAGAAUCAGCUCAGCAGACAUGACGCUCAUUUAGUCAAGGGUGCAAUGGCUGCCACGUACUUUGCUUUAAACCGCACGCCUCAGGCACCAAGACUAGAACCUGUAAUGGCAUCAAACCUGGCUCAACGAAGAGGAAUGAAAAGAUUGACUUCUACAAGACUAUAACAACUAUUGAACAACAUCUCUAGGAAGUUUCUAUUCAUUAUAUGUAAAAAUAUGUGGUCCUUUCCUGGCCAAUGCAAGAAGCCCCAACUGACCCAAAGUAUUCACACAGGUUGAGCCUAGUUUCAGGCUUCUUUUAUUCAGUGUUUGACAAAAACAAAGGAUCAUUCACCUAACUUGCAGCACUGUAAAGAUGACAGGAGAUGAACAAACACCACUUCCCUUUCUGGAGUACAUUAGUUUUUUUGCCUGAUGAUGUUUGAAAAGAAUGGGCAAAUACUGGUUGUGUAAACUAGGUUUAAUCUCUUUUAUAAAUGGAAAAGGAGAAAUAAACAAGUGCUUUGAGAAAACACUUGUAUUUGAUGCUCUUGAAAAAGUGGAGCAAUGUUGUUACCUCUAAUCGUUUAAAAAAAAGGGACUGAAAAGUUACAUCAGUUUGGAGCAGAGCAUUCUCUACUGAGAAUCCUGUUUAAAGGUUUAUGGUGGCGAAACUGUUUUUAUUUUUUUUCGGGAGACAGCAAUUCUGCUCCAAAGAAAUGUUUGUGAAUCAAUCAAACACCCUCAUUGAUGUUUUCUCAUAUCCUAUAGUUGCAUUUUUUUAAUGUCCUGUAAUAAUGUGAAGUUGCAAGAAGCACAAUGUAUUUUGGGUAUGAAAGGACACGAGGCUGCAAGCACUGUUGUUUUCAUUGAAGGAUACGUGUGAUAAGACAAUGCAAUAGCAGUCUGCAGUUGACUAGAUUUUACAUAGUUCUGUUUCUAAAUGUGGCUUUCGUCUGUAGUCUUGUAUGAUGUGCUUACAUUGAAAGGAGUAUUAUGCCCUAAUAGAGCAUUUAUUAGUGUUAGAAUCAGUAAUGCUGCAAUUCUACCAUUAACAAUCAAAGAAGGUCCUGGGAAACAAUGUUUCUUCCUAGUUUUCUUCCUGCUGUUUCUCACUGGAAGACAUUGACCUCUACUGGACUAAAUGAUGAGCAGUUAGCUUCUAACUUCACACCCAAGAAGUCAUUGCUUGUAUAUGAACCUUGACAGUAAUGACAGAAGCACUCAUGGGGAACUACUGUUGAGCUGGAUUCUGUCCUUAUCCAACAAUAAAUUUAACCCAUUCUGCUGAAGUUUCUGGUCUUGCCCUUAAUCAGGACAAUU